GAGACCUCUGAUACUGCACUGUAGGAGGAGCAAAGUAGUUUUGAAAACGAUUCCACAUAGAGUUUGGUCUUGUUUAGAAAACAGGUUAUGAUUCAUAAGUUAUGAGCUAAGGGGGGAAGCUACACUUUUGAUAAGUGGUUUAGUGCUCCAUAUCCAGUAUGGGAAAGAUAUUUAUUUCAUUCCUGGUGUUUUGUGUAUUGGUGGAGAAAUGGUUUACAAAUGGAGAGGAUGUGAUUGUCUCUCAGCAGUCGGCGGCGAGUGUGCUGCGGAGACACAAGCGCUUCAACAGCGGGCACCUGGAGGAGGUGAUGCGGGACAACCUGGAGCGCGAGUGCAUCGAGGAGCAGUGCAGCUGGGAGGAGGCGCGGGAGGUCUUUGAGGAUAACGAGAAAACGAUGGAAUUCUGGACUGGCUACAUUGAUGGCGACCAGUGUGAGUCCAACCCGUGUCAGCACGGAGGGACGUGCAAUGACGGCAUGAGCUCCUACACCUGCUGGUGUGCAACUGGCUUCGGAGGAAAGAACUGCGAGAUAGAGAUCGGUCGGCAGUGCGACGUUGGUAAUGGAGGCUGCAUGCAGUUCUGUCACGAAGAUAAGAGCCGUGGUGCGACAUGUGUCUGCGCCCCUGGGUACAGGCGCAGGGCAGACAAGAUGUCCUGCGAACCGAUAACGCAAUACUCCUGUGGCCAAAUUGGAAAAUCCAUAAAGGGGAAACUGUCCCAGCGGUCCCUGUUUGAGGACCAAGAGGAGACCCAGGAAGACCUUGUGGCAGUCGACUCCCAUGAUAACGGAUCCGCCAACGCUACCGGUAUGAUACUGCUUCCUGUUGGGAAUGACACCAACCUCAUCACCAAUGACACCAUAGUGAUGGCACCAGCGGCCCUCACAGAUGCCUCCGCCACCACCACCACUACUGUGCCACCAGAGGCUGUCAAUAUUACCACCAACAACACCACCACCACUGUCAAGCCCACGUCAGACGGCAAAAUCCCGUCCUGGCACUUUUUCCCCACCCUGCCCACCAUCAAAGCAGAAUCCGACAUAGACGAGCGUAUCGUGGGCGGAAACGAAGCUACAAGAGGAGAGAUUCCAUGGCAGGUGGCCUUAAUCAACCAAGCCACAGGCUUGGCGUUCUGCGGAGGGUCCCUCCUCAGCGAUGUCUGGGUCAUCACAGCCGCCCACUGUAUUGAAGAGGGCCCAAAAAACAUCUUUGUCCGGCUUGGUGAGCACAACCUCCAGGUGGACGAGAAGACAGAGCAGGACCGACAGGUGGACGAGACGAUCCUGCAUCCGCGAUACGAUGCCAAGAAGAGCAAAUACAACCACGACCUAGCCCUGCUGCACCUGGCCAUGCCCGUCACCUUCUCCGACCACGUCAUCCCCAUCUGCCUGGGCCCCAAGGACUUCACUGAGUUCCUGAUGCGCAUGCCUGACGCAACGGCGCUGGUGAGCGGCUGGGGCCGUGUGCUGCAUGGCGGUCGCGACUCGGCCACGCUGCGUAAGGUGGAGCUGCCCUAUGUGGACCGUACCGAGUGCAAAGGCAGCAGCCGCGACGUCACCAACUUCAUGUUCUGCGCCGGCUACAGUAGCAUCAAAAAGGACGCGUGCCAAGGGGACAGUGGUGGCCCGCACGCCUCCAAGUACAAGGGCACCUGGUUCCUGACGGGCAUCGUCAGCUGGGGCGAGGAGUGCGCUAAGGAGGGCAAGUACGGCAUCUACACCCGCGUCUCCAGGUACUUCCACUGGAUCUCCAACGUCACGGGCCUGACUCUUGAGCGUUCGGGAAAGUGACCAGAGACUGAUGAUGUUUUGUCUGUCAAUGUCGGUUACAUCCCAUUGCUCCGACAGCCCAUUAGUUCGACCACACAUGUACUAUGCCCAAACCAAAACAAUUCCUAACCCAACCGUCAUUAGAGGCAUGUUCUGUCAGUUAUUUUAGUGGCAUAAUUGUGUAAUUAUUCACUUUUAGUUCAACUGAAAAGUAAUAACUAUGCCAAACAACCCAAUUCCUAAACCUAACCGUCAUUAAAGGCAUGUAGCAUGAAGCCUGUUAGCCCAGUAGCCUGAGCAUUAUGGUCCUCUAUGGCUUAUUGUCUGACUUACGGGCUGUCGUACUGCUGGGCUGUCUGACCAAUGGGCAGACCCCGUCAAGGUCAACAUCCACCCCACCCACACUCUGCUUCUGCUGAGACUGUGAAAUUACAGUGAGAUUGCAGUUGAUGAAUUGUGGUGCUGUGUAUAGUUUGAGGAUGAACAAAAACACCAUGAAGUACUCAAGAAUAACUUUAGUUUUCUAAGCAAGACUGGUGAUAUUUAUUUAAUUCAAAAUAAUUUCAUUACAUGAGAGACAAAAAAUAAAGAAAAAUACCUUGCUGUUGUGCUAAUAUACUGCUUUUUUCUGAAGAUGUUUACAUUUGACUUUGUGUUGAAUUUACAUCGCUGAGUUAAAAAAUACAUCCUUUCACGUACAAACAACACAUCAGCGGUUGUUGUCUGUAUUGAAAC